AUGGCCAGCACGGCCGUCCAGCUCCUGGGCUUCCUGCUCAGCUUCUUGGGCUUGGUGGGCACACUGAUCACCACCAUCCUACCGCACUGGCGCAGGACGGCACACGUGGGCACCAAUAUCCUGACAGCCGUGUCCUACCUGAAGGGGCUGUGGAUGGAGUGUGUGUGGCACAGCACGGGCAUCUACCAGUGCCAGAUCUACCGGUCCCUGUUGGCACUGCCCCAAGACCUGCAGGCCGCCAGGGCCCUCAUGGUCAUCUCCUGCCUGCUCUCGCUCAUGGCCUGCGCAUGCGCCAUCAUUGGCAUGAAGUGCACACAGUGUGCCAAGGGCACGCCUGCCAAGACCACCUUCGCCAUCCUCGGGGGCGCCCUUUUCAUCCUGGCCGGCCUCCUGUGCAUGGUGGCCGUUUCCUGGACCACCAAUGACGUGGUGGAGAACUUCUACAACCCGCUGCUGCCCAGCAGCAUGAAGUUCGAGAUCGGGCAGGCCCUGUACCUUGGCUUCAUCUCCUCUUCCCUCUCGAUCAUCGGUGGCACGCUGCUCUGUCUGUCCUGCCAGGACGAGACCCCCUACAGGCCCUACCAGGCACAGCCCAGGGCCACCACGACUGCCACUGCAGCCGCUGCACCCGCAUACCGGCCACCAGCCUCCUACAAGGAUAAUCGGGCCCCCUCUGUGACCUCCGCCUCAUAUAGUGGAUACAGGCUGAACGACUAUGUGUGA